AUGAUUAACAACAACUUUCUACAAGUGAUACGAGAUCAGGCUUUUGAAGGACUAUCGCUCCUGGAGUUUCUACAUCUGCCGAACAACUUUAUUCGACAUCUUCCGCAGAACGUCUUCCAUCCUCUAGAGAAAAUCGUUUGGAUCGACUUAAGUAAUAAUGAUAUCUCUAGCCUUCCGGAGAACGCCUUUAGGUCCAAUACAAAGUUAAAGGGAUUAGAUCUACGAAAAAACCCGUUGACUAAAAUUAUCCUUCCGGCCGGGAACCCCAUAAGGAGCAUCGAUUACUUGCUCCUCAACGACUGCGACCAGCUAAAAGAGGUGAAGUUAGCCAUUGACGUUCUCAACAUAACUCUGGAAAACAGUGCAGUGGAAACCUUAAAGAUCAGCGGAAGUGUCCAAAGCAUUCGAGCGGGAAACUCACCGUUGACCAAUUUGGACUUGCACGGAGCUACACUGAAUGUAUCCUUUCUCAGCGAUAUCCUCUGCAAAAGUCGGUCGCUGAAGCAGCUGGAUCUGUCUUCUACCUCAUUGGACACCAUUCAGCUCUCCAGCGGUGACCUUUACUUUGACUGCCUGCUGCCCAAUCUCAAGAUUCUCAAACUGUCCAACAAUAACAUAGAAACUCUGCCAAUGGGAUCUCCUCUUUUCGGAAGCAAACUUGAGACCCUGGACCUCUCCUAUAAUAAACUACAGAAAGUACCUUUGGAGACCCUUAAGGAAGCCCACUCUCUUCAAAGCCUGAAUCUCGACGGAAACCGCCUGACCAGUUUUGAGUAUAAAUCCGCUUAUGAUAAGUUCAAGAACCUGAGAACUUUGACCGCCAGUGAAAAUAAUUUUAACAACAAAUUUUACAAUGCCAUGGUAGCUUAUUCCUAUUGGCAGUUAAGAGCAUCGGAUAGCAAGGCACAGAAUGGGGUGGAGAAGCCAAAGGGUCAGAACGUAACGAAUGUGGUGGAGGAGUCUACGAAGAAGAACGAAACGAAUGUAGAAGAGGUGGCGACAAAGAAGAGCAUAACGAAUGUGGUGAAGGAGUCGACGAAGAAGAACGAAACGAAUGUGGUGAAGGAGUCGACGAAGAAGAACGAAACGAAUGUGGAAGAGGUGACGACGAAGAAGAACGAAACGAAUGCGGAAGAGGUGACGACGAAGAAGAACGAAACGAAUGUGGAAGAGGUGCCGAAAGUUACGAAGACGCCUGUAGAAGAGGAGCAGAAGAGCCAGUGCAUCUGGAUCUGGAUCACAGUUCCCAUUAUAGUCAUCCUGCUGGUUGCGCUGGUAUGGCAGGUGAUGAGGAAUCGAGGCAGCGACUGCUUUGGUUGCCAGCCAGUUUAG